GCCGUAGGGGUUUUUGUUGUCAGUCUGAUUUCGUUCCAGCAUGGACGUCAUCUGAGCUCCGGUCGAUAUAUAUAUAUACAUAUAUAUGUUGUUUAUUUCAUCAGACGGCUGAAACAGUUACUCAAGGCACUCGACCAGCGUUCCACUAACAUCACAACAUUUCGGGCCAAGAACAUAGCUAUUCGCCAUAGCCGUCAAUAGACAGUACCACUCCCAUAGACUAGUAAUCCCCAUACCCAUCCACAAUCAUCACCACCAUUCCCAAGUCACACAUUCAAAAUUGAAAGGAAAAUAAAGUCAAAUUCCCAGCUGAUGUUGCAGAAAUGAAUCGCAAUCGUCUCAACCAGAUGAGGCACUUGGAUCGUGCCCACGAGGGCCUUCAUCAGGUAAUCCAAAUGAAUAACGGUCAAGGAGGAGGUGGAGGCGGCAGCGGCGGAGGAGGAGGAGGAGGUGGGACAGGAGCUCAGGGCCAGGAUCAGGGAAAGAAUUCAAGCCAGACUGCCACCACACAGGCUCAGCAGUUGGCUUUGCGCCGCAAGACCAUGUACACCAGGACAGAGCUUCUGGCUCGAGGAUUGCCCACCACUCAAACAGUUCGCCGUUCGGCACGUAAAUGUCCUGCAGCUGGCCAGGAUUGGAUACCGCCUCUGACCCCUCUGUCUCCCAAACCACGUUAUUCCCAGACUACAAAGACCGCCGCGGCACCGGCAGCUCCCCCACCACCACCACCAGCACCGAUGAUGAACCAGAACAUCCAGAACUCCACCAACAUCCCGUCGCCGAGGAAGCACCGGGGCAGUCUCCUGCCUAGGAUGGCGAAGCGACAGCCACCGAAGGCAACGGAGCGGGCUGCUCCGAUGCCGAGCAACAUUCCACAGCGAAUGCGGGUCGUUGAGUCGGAUCACGGCAAGGUGGAGCACCACAAGGCCCAUCUCGGCCACAGCCAGGUCCAUAGUCGUCCUCAGACACCGCACACCCCCCACAAUCAUAAUCACCACACCCAUCUGAUGAACACCCCACUUGGCAGCGAGAGCAGCAGUCCAGUGCGUCGUCCCGGGGAUCGCGGGGGCAGCAACUGCUCCUCCGACCGCCGCAAGAUCAAGCUGGCGAAGGCCAUCCGGCUGCCGGACGAGCAGAACAAGAGCUUCAUCUACCUGUGCAAGCCGGAGAAGGGCAAGGUCAAAGAGCUCCUCACCCCUCGGAAGUUGCGAACCAGCUGCGAUCACCUCACCGCCCCCACUCGCGGGGACUUGGAUGCCGACAUGGAGGAGGAAAAGGGCGGGAAACUCCGUCCCUCCAUUCUGGAGGAGGCUUUGCGCAGCAAGGCGGGCCACGUGGAUGCCGCCAAUUCCGGCCACUACGAUAUAGUCCCCUUGAUGGAUAUGGAAGAGUACUCCUCCAGUUCGGCGUCCAGCCAAAUGAACAGCCCCACCAUAGAGGCCCUGCAACAGCGGCAGCUGGAACUGGAGGACCUGGAGGACCAGGAGCAGGCCGCCAACAGCCAGGAUCACCUGCGCCGCCAGCUGAAGGAGGUGCGUAAUCGUCAGUGCCAGCUGCGGCAGCUGGAGAAAAGCCAGACCCCCAAGAACCGGCCACCGGACACGGACGUCGUCAACCAGAAUCUGCCUGCUCUGCACCACGAGAUCCGCCUGCUCCAGCAGCUGGGCGAGAAGCUGGAGGCCACCUUGCGGGUCACCGCCACAACUCAGAGGAAGGCCGGCGGAGGUCUGAACGGAGGCGAGGUAGGAGGAGCAGCAGUUGCUCUCCCAGGAGUGGCCUUAACCCACCUCAUGGUUGAUGCCGAACCGGACAAGCAAUCCUCGAGCAUCUUCUACACUCCGCGCACCGGCCCCAUCCACUUUGAGGAGCUGCCCAUCACCCAGGUGGGCUACCUGCGGGUGGAGCACAACUCGGUGAUCUGCCAGCGGGCCCGCAUCCUGGGCUACUCGCACACCUUCGGCCUCGUCCAGGAGUACCGCAUCGAGACGAAGACCCUCAACGAGCUGAAGACCGCCGACGACUCGCAGUGCUUCUACCUACCCUCGCUCCGGGACCACCCUCCUCAUCCAAUGGUUAAGCCGGUGGCUUCGGCCCUUUCCAUCGGAGGAGCCAGUGGCGGGCCGUUGCAGUGCACCAACUUCCGGAAGUUGCGCGAGAAUCCCAAUGUCCUGCUCCAGCAGCUGCGACCCCUGACCCAUGGCCACGCCCAGAAGCCGCCACCCACCUUCAACCUGCUCGACCAGGAUCAGAUGUUCUUCAAUAGCCUGGCCUACGUCGAUCCCAAGGCAGAGGCGGGGUUGCGGGCCAGCGCCCAGAAACUGGAGCGAGAGGCAGGAGGUGGUGGCACCAACUACGGAGGCCAACUAGGGGUCAUCGCCUAUUCGCGUCUCUCGGUGUUGCCGGGGGUCCCCCAUAACAGUAGAUAUCCUCAGGAGGCUCCCCAGGAGGAGCUCCUAAGGACCAAAAGCAGCAGCAUGGUCGUCCACAGCAUGACCCAAACUGAUGCCAGUCCGGAAGCCAAGCCGGACACCGUUGCGGAUGCAGAAGCUAACAAAGAGCCGGAAACGGAAGUGGAGACGCAGAAGAGCGGAAGCGAGAAGAAGACCGUGAAGCGCGCAAAGCGUGUGAAGAAAACCAAAGAGGAACCGAUCAAAACCAAACGCCGUUCUAACCAAAUGGUAACUCAACCGGAGCCCAGUAACAACCACAACAACAAAAACAACGAUAUUAAGGAUAAUGAUAACAUCAAGCUGAAGAAGAAGAGUUCCGGAUCGGUGGUAAGGGCCACGGGUGGCAGGCAGGUGGCACCGGAGUCGCCCAUCGCUAACGGUCGCAACGUGGAGCCGAAGGUGCGGAUGCAGUUGCUCAAGACCGUUCUGGUGGGCAUGGUCCAGGUGACCGUCUUCCUCAUCCUGAUCAUGGCCUUCACCUAUCCGGACAUAAGAUGCUAAGACCCUAUCCAGAACCAGCCACUAAAUUGGUUAAAAAAUCAAAUACCAUAACCUAAAAAACCCAAAAUUGUUCAGCUUGUGCCCAAAAUCCCCGAACAAAAAAAAAGCUGCGAAAAAAAAAUAGAAUUUUGGAAGGAUUACAAAACCUAAAACCUGAAGCAAAAAAAAAAAUACAUAAAAAAUAGAGCAAACCCUACCCGAUUCGAGGCUCUCGAGAUCCGUAUCCGAAUCGGUUAUAUCAAGUUCUUAACCUUAGAUUUCUGAAUUUCUCGUUAACUUAAUUUCAAUGGCUCGCAAAAACGCAAGAAAGAGACAAACCGAGACAGAGGGAAGGGGACGGAUAGCUAGAGAGAGAAAAGGACGAACGGAGAGUGAAAGAAAGAGAAAGAGGAGGAGGCAAGGACGAGGACGAAGAGAAAGCUUAAGGGAAAGGGAUGCCAAGUCGAUCAAUGUUAAUAAAAUUUCAUGUGCAAUGUG